AACAUCGUCGAGUACGAAGCUUGACCGGUGUACUUAUCUUCUCAUAUCAAAAGAUAUAAAGAGAAGGAAAGAGAAAGAGAGAGAGAGAGAGAGAGAGAGAGAGAGAGAGAGAGAGAGAGAGAGAGAGAAAGAGAGAAGAUAUAAAUUAAAUCAGAACGUUAUACGGUGUUACGAGAAGUUAAUUUUUAUCUCUCGUAUUUUUUAUCGAACGAUAUCCAACGAGAUAGAGAGAGAGAGAGAGAGAGAGAGAGAGAGAGAGAGAGAGAGAGAGAGAGAGAGAGAGAGAGAGAGAGAGAAUAUUGUUGGGGAAUAUAAUAAGAAGAAAGAGAUAGAAAGAGACAAGAAAAAUGAAGUUCUCUUCAGUGUGGUUGUUAUUCUGCUGUCUCGUCAUCUUGGCUGAAAGUACCCUUGGCAAUCCCUAUUUUGACGAAGACUCGCUUGCUUUAGUACCGGAAGAAGACUCAUUACAGGUUGUAGACUCAGACUAUACAGACAAUGCCUUGGAGAAUUUAAUGCGAGCGGCUCAACAAAAGCGUUCCUCGUUGAUUCAUUUGUUUAGACGUGCCUGCAUAAGACGCGGUGGUAACUGCGAUCACCGGCCGAAGGAUUGUUGCUAUAGCUCGAGUUGCCGUUGCAGUUUAUGGGGUUCUAACUGUCAGUGUCAACGGAUGGGUCUCUUCCAAAAAUGGGGUUAAAUUGGACGAUUAUACAACACCCCUUAAAUGACCCUGAUGAUCACACUAUACCAAAUCCAAUACUCUUAUAUUUCAUUUCCUUUUACAUUGUUUAACCCUUCCAACCCAGCCUUCCUUUUCCUCCUUCUCCUCCUUCUCCUCCUCCACUUUUAUCCUCAUCCUCAUUUCAAAACUCGAAAAUGACUACAACAAAAUGGAGACAAAAAAAUAUUAUAAUAAUAUAAUAAUAAUAAUAAUUAUUAUUAUAUAUAUAUAUAUAAAUAUUAAUAUAUAUAAAUAUUAUUAUUGUUAUUAUUAUAUAAUGAUAAAGCGAUUCUAAAUGAUAAUUAAUAAUUAUAAUGAAAAAAUUGACAGAAGAAACAUUCUGCGCGCGAACGCGGAUCCAUUAAUUCGACGUUCGAUCAAUGAUCUAUCCUUUAUUUAAUCGUACUUUUAUGUUUAAUUCAUUUGUUAUUAUUAUUAUUUAUUUUUCGUUUCACUUUUUUUUUUUUUUUUUUACUAAUUCGUCGCUAAAUUUUAUUCAUUCGUUCUUCGCGAUUUUCUUCCUCGUCGAUUCGCGAUAAUAUUCUAUCGUGAAUUUUUUUUUCCCCCCUAAUCUCUAGUCAGAUUAUUAAUUUUAUUAUUACAUUUUUUAUUUAUAUACAU